AUGGCCCGACAGGCAAUGAAAAGUAACAGCAAGGAGUUCUUGACAUUGAACCACCGUCGCGUCGAUGUAUUUUCCAGUGGCACGGUUAUAUGGCUUUCUCCAGCCAUUAUUACCAGUUCAUGCCUCUUAGACGUCAAACUCUUUCCUUUCGACGUCCAGACCUGUUACUUUGUCUUCGGUCCCUGGUCCAGUCCGGCGAACGUCGAGGACGUGGACUACUUCUUUGAACGUAACGAGACCACGAAAGACCGGUACUGCGACAACGGCGUGUGGGAGAUCCUGGACGACACUGCAGACAAGAAGCUAGCAAAUUACAGUACUGCCAACGAACCCUUUGUGGAGAUUCACUAUCGCAUCACGUUCAGGAGGAAAUCAAGGGUAUACGUCAUCGGCAUCGUCAUCCCUUCCGUCCUACUCUCUAUAUCAACCAUGAUAACAUUUCUACUGCCUCCAGAGUCUGGAGAGAAGAUCUCUUUUGGUAUCACCAAUCUCCUAGCGAUGGUCCUCUUCCAGGAAACUGUCCGAUCUGCCAUGCCACCGACUGGCUCUCCAAUGUUCGCCAAUUACAUAUGUACCAUGGUAGUAGUCGCAGGUGUGUCCCUGGUAGCGGAGGCGCUUGUUUUGCGAAUGCACAGCUACGCCAACACAAGACCUAUUCCUAAAUGGAUGAUGUGCUUUUUGAGAAACGGUCACCGCCGAGACGUUAGAUCUGAUGAGAAUGGAGAACACUUACGACGUGUAUCUCAACCGUUCGUUCAUGCGGAAGGCAACCACGAAUGCCCAGAACAAAGUGAACUCACAGAGCUGAGGAGUCCCUCAGGGCUGUCCAGUAUCCCCCGGUCGGAAAAUGCCGAACCCUGGAAGCUGAUUGCGCUAUCCGUUGAACGCAAAGCUGCUUUAGUAACCCUUUGUUGUAUAAUAGGAAAUUUCGUGUUCACUUUUCUAAGUAUCUGCACAGAAAAUUACACGAAUGGUACUGAUAGCGAUGAUGAUUAGCUUGAGCAAUAAUGUCUGCUUAAACAGGUAAAUGCCUUAUUUCAAAAUAUUAGGCAUACGACCUAUCAUUAGUCCGUUAGAUUUAGUAAAUUAUCCCGUAAAUGCUAGUAAAUCUUUGUGUUCAUCACCAGAAUUUUUA